AUAAACAGACAGCACGGCAACUGCUGCGGUAGUUGGGGGAAUGUGAUAGAGAGAGUAGGAAGGGAGGACAGAGGUUUAAAGUUACAGUCUGUUCUAACCCGUAGUGGAAAAUAACGCUUGUUCAAGCAGGGGCGGAGGGGUCAUUUGGUUCAUCCGAGUGAAAAAAAAAAACAACAACAUACAAAUUGAAGACGCAGCGACGAAUUCUAGUAGUUGGUUUUCUAUACACCCCUACUACUACAACCUGCAAGUUUUCCUGUCUGCUGCAGGAGAGAAUGAUAGAGAAUGAGCCAGCGAGAUACCCUGGUGCAUCUGUUUGCUGGAGGGUGUGGGGGCACAGUUGGUGCAAUAUUGACAUGCCCGCUGGAAGUGGUGAAAACAAGGCUGCAGUCUUCCUCUGUCACGCUUUACAUCUCCGAAGUGCAGCUCAGCACUGUGAAUGGGGCUAGUGUCAACCGAGUGGCCCGUGUCUCUCCUGGACCUCUUCAUUGCCUGAAACAAAUACUGGAAAAAGAAGGCCCUCGUUCGCUUUUCAGGGGUUUGGGACCUAAUCUGGUGGGUGUGGCUCCUUCCAGAGCUAUAUACUUUGCUGCUUACUCCAGUUCAAAAGAGAAAUUGAAUGGUAUUUUUGAGCCAGAUUCAACCCAGGUGCACAUGGUUUCAGCUGGACUUGCAGGGUUCACUGCAAUCACGGCCACUAAUCCCAUCUGGCUAAUAAAGACUCGCUUACAGCUGGAUGCAAGAAACCGGGGUGAGACGAGAAUGAGCGCAUUUGAAUGUAUCAGAAAAGUUUAUCAGUCUGAUGGGAUCCGUGGUUUUUACAGGGGCAUGUCUGCUUCUUACGCCGGCAUCUCGGAGACUGUUAUUCAUUUUGUAAUUUAUGAAAGUAUUAAACGUAAAUUACUGGAAGCUAAGACUGCUUCUGCCAUGGACGAUGAGGAAGAGUCUGUAAGGAAUGCUUCUGAUUUUGUUGGACUGAUGUUGGCUGCAGCCACCUCGAAAACCUGUGCCACUUCUAUAGCAUAUCCUCAUGAAGUAAUACGAACCAGGCUACGAGAAGAGGGAACAAAAUACCGAUCUUUCUUCCAGACAUUAUCAAUGGUUAUAAAAGAGGAAGGCUACAGAGCGCUUUACCGUGGUCUUACCACGCAUUUGGUGAGACAGAUUCCAAACACAGCUAUUAUGAUGUCGACCUAUGAGCUUGUAGUUUACCUGCUUGAUGGAUAACAACCAGAAGUGUGACCAUGAACAAGUUGGGAGACCAAAGGACUGGAGCGGACCAGGAAAAGUUUGGUGCCAGGAUGGAAAAGAAACCAAUUGGAAGGACUAAAGCUACAGAUAAAGAAUGGCAGACUGGUAAACGGUUGUCUUGCUCUGAAAGAGGAAAAAUGGUGAACCAGGGCUGUCAUUCUGUGCAUCUGUCUCUGGCAAUGCUACUUUAAAAAUAAAUAAAUUAAUAAUAAUAAUACAAAAAAAUAAGAAAGAGCCUGCUAACAGGAGAAUGCUUGUUGGACAAAAAAAGCCAGCUUUCAAAGCGGUCAUGUUUCCUAUCAUGUUUAAAUAAGAUUAUUAUUAUUAUUAUUAUUAUUAUUAUUAUUAUUACAAAGUUUAGAGUGACGGUUCCCUUUCUCAGAAAAAAAAUAGAAAAUAUAUCAGUAAAGAUAGUGCCGGUUACAAAUGAUGGUCCCUAAAACUGUAAUUGAAAUAUAAAUAUCAUAUCCUGCUUUUCUCGUAUAGUUUAAGUUUAUUUUUUUAAUGAAAUGGUAAACUAAGCCACUUUUUUUUUUUACAUUUGAGUGAAGUUAAAAGUUUAUUUUUUUUUGAAAGGUUUAAACUUUUAAUGAAAAUAGAACUACAGUGCUGUUAUAAGCAAUGCAUGUGGGGCUAAUACAUAGUCUUGUAUGUCCAUAAAGAAUGCAGACUGGAUAAUGGUUCAGAGAGGGACAUUUUUUAAAAACCUUAUCUUCAAUUUGAAUGGAAAUCAAGCUUUGGUUUCUGUAGGAAUAAAUCAGCAUAAUGUAUUAUUAUUUUUAUUUCUUAUUUUUUCUCAAGGCAUCUCAAACUUGCAAGUGACUUGGUAGUAGGCAAAGGGUGGACUUGGUAGUAGGCAAAGUUUAAGUAUCCAGGUAACAAACUCUUCUUGCAGCAGUAUUAUGGUACCUUGUCAUAGCAAAACAUCUGUUAACCCUCUGAUUGCUAUCACAGCCCAUCAAACUUCAAAAGUGACUGUUAUACAUAAUAGGAAACAUGGAAAAUAUUUUAUUUCAAGCAUUCCCCAUUUUUAAGGUGGCAUAAUCCCUUUUAGUGAGCAGUGUAAGCUGUAAGUGGGGCUUGUGAAUUGACAGAACUUGGCAUUGUUAGGGUUAAACUCUGUAGUAAAAUUUGAUAGAAUUAGCAAAACAGGAGUCCCUCAUGUUUAAGGUUAGAGUAUUGGAUUUAGGACAAGCCUUGAAUUAGUUUACACACGUUUUGAUGUGAAAUCCAUUAAUACUGUAAUCUGCUAAUGCAAGUUGAAUAAAAGCCCCAGUGUUGUCAGAAACAGAAGUACUGGAACCCCCUCUUCUUUCUCUUUGUUUUUCAGUGUGCAUGUGGCCUCUUACAUGGCUGUUCAUUGUGCAAUGUACUGUGUCCUACACAGUAGAACAGGUUUACUGGCAAAUCCUUCACUGCCAAAAUGUAUGAGAUCUAAUUCUGAGUUUCUUAAAUCUCUAUAUAGAGAAAAAAAGACAGGGCUUUACAGUGCUUGAAAUCCAUGUUGGCAGCUUUUCUUGUUUGCCUUUUAGUAUUGUUAUGGGUUGUAUAUGUGGGACUUGUACAGUAAGUAGCUCACUCCUAUCAUAAGUUAGCCUUUUAUACAGUAAUUGUGCUAAUUGUAUUCAUAAUUGAGAUGGUGAACUGUAGUUGGCAUGACUAUUUCAACAUUUUAUAAAGGUACAAUUUUAAAGUGUGUGGUUCUCUUUUUUAAGCAGAUAUUUGCUGUCCUUUUUACUGGUCUUAUACCCUGUGCUUGCAGUUCCUUUUAAUACUUCAGUUACAAAACCUUAGAAUCCAAUAUUCUGACCUCUGCAACAUACUGAUUGAGCAUUGUUGUCUCUGGUUAUAUCAUUUACUUAAAUGUAAGAGGUACAGGUGAAAAGCCAAGCUGAACGCACACUUUUAACUAAAAAUACUAAAUAUAUAUAUAACAAACUUAACUGAACAUUUCUUAUAACUGUUUCACCUUCCCUACUGAUAGAAUGCCCAUAUACAAACAAUCAGAAGUAAAAACUAUGCAUUAGGGGAUAUACACAAGCCAAGCAGGUAAAGCAGACCAGUCUAAUUCUUCCCAUUGUAAAUUGCAACUGCAUUUUAUGCAGUGGCUUUAGGUUGAUUCCUUAUGCACUUUGUGGCCUUUUAGGCUAGUGAUGAUCUUGUUUUUCUGUGUUUUUUGUCAUGUACUCUCAAAAUAGUAUUAAGCAAGAAGUGUUCUUACUAAAAUAAUUCCUUUGAACAUAUUGUACAGUUCAAUGUACUGAUUAGUGCAGGACAUUAUAUGGUGUUGAUUGCUUAGGUCCACGCAAUAUACAGUAGCUUGCAGUUAAAGUACUUUUAUGACUGCGUUUGUUGAAUAUCUAAUGUGUUUUGGAAACCAUUGCAACAUGAUGCAAUGUAGAAUAAUGCAUUAGUUCUUUUUUUGAUUUAAUGACAUGCUGGCUUUGGUAACAUACUUUUAUUAGGUGGUUUAGGUUGUGAUUUAUUUGUUCCUUGACCACCCUCUUACUUGUUCUAACAGUUUGUAAUUGAAAUAUAACUAUUCACCUCCUUUCUCCACAAAUCUGUGUACAUUCACUGCUUAUAACUCUGGUCACCAAACGAUUCAAUAUGAAGAACUCCUUUAGGGUGGCUGUGCUAGCCUUUGUUGAAGUAGCUAACCAUUACGGCAGUGGUUGAUCUGUCCAGCACUUCACAUGCAAUUCUGAAUAGGAUUUAGUGACUGUCCAUAUCAGUUUUAAGAAAACUCCACUAUGGGUGUUCCCAAACGUAAUCAAGAUUUGUGUGGUUUAGUGCCUGUGAUUUUGUAGUACUAGCCUAUGCAGCCACCUGGUCACUGGUGGUUGAAUCUAAUAGAACCAUCAAUAAAGUGUGGAUUACAAUUGAGUGGUGAGUGUAUUCAUCCUUUUUACAGUUAUUAAUUUACUAAAUGGUGAUGUGAGCUUUUAUGUUUUUUUUUUUUCUUUUUUUAGAAUAAAGCAGAUGCUACUACAGAAAUGGGUUUAAAUACAUUCUUUGGCCCAAAAUCCAGGACUGUUUCUCAAUUUAUUGAAGAUCCCGGUUUAGUAUACUCUAGAAAUUAAGCAUUUAUUAUAUCAAAACUAUAUUGAAGCUAAUUUAGUAAGCAGUUUUGAUGUUGUGUUCCAUCCUACUGGGAAUGAUUGGACCUAUAUCAAACCCAUUUUAUAUUCCUCGUAGCUGUAAACCGGGCAAGGCACUGAUCUGACAUCCGACUCAUGGCUGCCACCUGUAUGUUGUUCAAAUACUGUAUAUUGUAUACAUUUAAGACACACAGUAGGUGGAUGUACCUUGAUUGGAAUAUGUACCCAGAUUUGAUUUUGGUGAUAUUCUUGGCCCUAUCAAAAAAAAAAAAAAAAAAAAAAAAAAAAAGAGAAAUUAAAAUGGUAAAAGUCCUGGAUUUUCUUCUAUGUGUUUUUUUUUUUACCAUUGUUGAGCAAUGAACUAUUCUGUUCUACACUGUUCUUGUGUUUGGUAGGAAAAUACCUUUUUUUUUCCCCAGAAGGUGGUGGUGCUGCACUACUUACUGGUUAAUACUAGACUGCCUGUGAAGAAAAUAAGUGUUUUUGUUGAACCUGAAGAAUAUGUGGCCUCUUCAAUGCCCCACUAUGCAUUAUCAUACCUCCUUUUGUAAAUAAUAAAAGAAAAUGCAAAUUAAUAUGA